UUUUAAAAAAAAUAAAACAGUGUUUUCUUCUCUACUUUGACGCUGUAGUUGUAACUUGUAAAACCUUGUGUUAUGAUCUUCAGUGUAGAAACAGUUGGAGUAGCGGCUGAUUCCUUCUUUACUGCAUUUGUGGUGUUAUUAAGCUAAGAAGAGCCAAGUCAAGCGAAAGGGCUGAACAAGCCGUGUUAGCAAACUUAGCACUACUAGCCAGCCAGCGAGCUAACAAAAGCUACUCAGGGGUGUCGAAAUGAGUCUAUCUUUAUACUUUGAAGAUGGCCAUGAUGAUCUGGAUGACUUUGGAUUCGAUGACUACGGUUCAGAGUGCGACGGCAUCCGCAUCACAGCCUUCCUAGACGCAGGACAAGACAACCUCACUCCUCUCGGGAGGCUAGAGAAGUAUGCCUUCAGUGAGAAUGUCUUCAACAGGCAGAUCGUGGCUCGUGGCCUGCUUGAUGUGCUUCGCGAGUUCAGUGAUAAUGAAAAUGACUUUAUCAGUGUCAUGGAGACAGUUGCCAGAAUGUCAGAAGAUGGAGAGCCCACAGUGCGAGCCGAACUGAUGGAGCAGGUCCCCAACAUCGCCAUGUUUUUACAUGAGAGUCGGCCCAACUUCCCAGCCGCUUUCUCAAGAUACUUGGUACCAAUUGUAGUCCGGUAUCUCACUGAUCCAAAUAACCAGGUGCGGAAGACCAGCCAGGCGGCGCUGCUCGUCCUGUUGGAGCAGGGCCUCAUCUCUAAGGCUGAUAUGGAGACCAAAGUUUGUCCAGUUCUGCUCGACCUCACAGAACCCAGCAGUGACGACGACUACAAAAUCGAGGCAGUAGCUAUCAUGUGUAAAGUCGUCACCAUGUUGAGCAAAGACACAGUGGAGCAUCUAUUGCUGCCACGCUUCUGUGACCUGUGCAGUGAUAGUAGACUCUUCCAAGUCCGAAAGGUCUGUGCAGCAAAUUUCGGAGAGUUUUGUUCUAUUGUGGGUCAGGAGGCCACAGAAAAACUACUGAUGCCCAAGUUCUUCGAUCUGUGCUCAGACAGCCUGUGGGGCAUCAGGAAAGCCUGCGCCGAGUGCUUCAUGAUGGUCUCAAACUCCACCUCUCCAGAGGUGCGACGUGCAAAAUUGUCCCCCCUGUUCAUCAGCCUCAUCAGUGACCAGUCCCGUUGGGUGCGCCAGGCUGCCUUUCAGUCUCUGGGACGUUUCAUCUCCACCUUUGCCAAUCCCUCCAGCACAGGCCUUCACUUCAGAGAGGACGGCGCACUACUAGAGGUUCCUAGGUGUACAUCAGACAGCGACUGCUCCCUAAACUCCCUGAACUGCUCCGAUAUUAGCGGCUGCCACACAGAAAGAACCAUCACUCACACGCCUCCCAAUCAAGACGGCCGUGCCACACCAUCCCCAGAGCACGUGUCGACAGGGGACGGCGAGGAAAUGCACAACUAUGACGACAACCACACUUCUGUUCACGGAAUGAUGCACGACGGCUUCACCCACAGCAUCCCAAACCGCAACAACAGCCCUAAGACCACAAACAACGCUAAGAACACAAAAGAAAUGGAGCAAACAGACGAGAACUUUAAUUCUUUCCAUUAUUGGAGGUCUCCUUUACCAGACAUCAGUGGGGAACUGGAGAUGCUAAGUUGUCACACAACAGAGGAAAAGAAAGAGGAGAAGGAGGAGGAACCUGAAGACAAUUGUCCCGAUUCCAAGUCCAGCCCCGGUCAAACUACCAGCGACCAGAUCCAGAAGGUCUUGGACUGUUUGCAACCGCACAUUGAUGACCCCGAUGUACAAGCUCAAGUCCAGGUAUUGUCAGCAGCUCUAAAGGCAGCCCAGCUCGACAGCCCAGGAGACGACAGCCUGACAGAAACCCAGCUAGCGAUGGAACCCGAGAGCAACACCGAGAGCCCGGUCGUGGAGAGAAAAUCUGUGGAGGUGCAGUCAGAGAGUGAAGAGACUCCCGCAGAAGAGGAGCAAACGAUGGAAACCCCCUCAGCCCCGGAGUCGUGCCCCGUCCAGGAGCAAGGGGACGAGGAGACGCAGACGGAGCCUUUGGAGGAUCAGCAAGAGUCUCCUCCUGACUCCCCUGUUCUAGAAUCUGAACUAAUUGAAAGUGUGGAGGAAGAGGGAAAGGAAGAGUCUGCUAACAGCCCACUGUCCGAUGAUAAGCCUAAGAUCCAGAACGUCAUCCCUCAGCAGCUGUUGGAUCAGUACCUCUCUAUGACGGACCCAGCUCGGGCUCAGACGGUGGAUACAGAGAUAGCCAAACACUGUGCCUUCAGCCUGCCAGGGGUGGCGCUCACUCUGGGCCGACAGAACUGGCACUGCCUCAAGGACACGUAUGAAACCCUCGCUACUGAUGUGCAGUGGAAAGUGCGGCGUACACUGGCUUUCUCCAUCCAUGAACUGGCAGUCAUCCUGGGAGACCAGCUGACAGCGGCCGAUCUGGUACCCAUCUUCAACGGUUUUCUGAAAGACCUGGAUGAGGUCCGCAUCGGCGUGCUCAAACACCUCUAUGACUUCCUCAAGCUGCUGCACGCUGACAAGAGGAGAGAAUAUCUGUACCAGCUGCAGGAGUUCAUGGUGACGGACAAUAGUCGCAACUGGAGGUUCAGAUACGAGCUGGCAGAGCAGUUGAUCUUGAUCAUAGAGUUGUACAGCCACUACGACGUGUAUGACUACCUCAGACAGAUAGCGCUCACACUCUGCUCUGACAAAGUCUCAGAAGUCAGGUGGAUCUCGUACAAACUGGUUGUAGAGAUCCUCCAGAAGCUGUAUGCAUGUGGGGCUGAUGACCUGGGCCUGAACUUCAUCAACGAGCUCACCGUCAGGUUCUGCCACUGUCCCAAGUGGGUGGGGCGGCAGGCUUUUGCCUUCAUCUGCCAGGCCGUAGUGGAAGAGGACUGUAUGCCCAUGGAGCAGUUCAGCCAGCACCUCUUGCCCAGCCUGCUCAGCCUCUCCUCAGACCCGGUGGCUAAUGUUCGCGUACUAGUGGCCAAGGCUCUACGACAGAGCGUCAUGGAGAAAGCGUACUUCAAGGAGCCGGGCUGUGCCUACUCUGACGAGCUGGAAGAGACUGUGAUGGCUCUGCAGUCUGACAAGGACCGGGACGUCCGCUUCUUCGCCAGCCUGGACCCCAACAAAGGCUUGAUGGACACGGCUCCCUUGAUUUAGCCUCGGCUCCCAACUUCCGUUAACAGCCCACCUGCCUGUCUACCUGUCUGUCUGACUGAGGCACAGUCAGCGUAACCGCAACACCAGCACCUGACCAGAUCCCCAACCACUCGCCUGCUGGGCAGACCCGCACCAACGACCACUUGAGAAUCAUGUCAGAUGUUCAGAUCACAGUAUAAAAACAGUAUGAGCAUGCUCAAACAACACAAGCCAGUCUCUGGUUGGGCACUACAUAACGCACAUUGCAUCCACAACACAAAACUUACUUCUCAGAGUUUUCAGAAAAUGAGCAGGACUCAGACGUCAGCCGCACCACUUUGUGGGAGCUGCCGUAUUUUUCGCCUGAACUUUUUCCCCCCUCACCCUCCUCCACACUAACAACAUCCACCCAGUCUUUCUCCAAUCAUAGACUUGUAAAACUACAACGGGCUCUCUUUCUCCAAAGCUAAUUGUAAGCUUGAUAUAAAAUUGCUGAAUUGAUUUUUUUUUUUUUUUUUUUUCUUAUUGCUUCUUUUUGUGGAUUUCUUAACGAACAAGCGGGCAAGGCCUGCCUGACUCUGAUGUGUGCACUAACUCAGGGGGACUCAUCUGAACCUAAACAGCAUUAGCUUACAUGAGAAGCAGCAGCUCCUGGAUCCCUGGUGAAAAACUCCAGCUGUCUGAGCAACAGACCAGCCAAACCAAGUAGCUCUGCUGGUGUCUCUCGCCUCAUUUCCUCCUCAAUGCCUCCGUUGUCUCAGAUGUCUUUUUGUCUUCUAAGAUUUCCUCUGGGUUACUGUCUUGUUUCCCCUCUACCUUCUCUUAUUCACUCUUUUUCCCUCUGCAUCUCUCCAACUGGUCUUUCAUGGGCCACUGAAACCACUACUACUGCACAGAAGGAACAGUGAUUCUGCCACUCAGCGUAACUCUGAAUUAAAACCAUAUCUUGACAUUUUUUUUGAAAGAACACCUUAACGAACUGUUUGAUCGCUCCCCUUCGACCCCCCCACCCCCCCUCCACCCCACCUGUACGUGUCUGUUUACCAAAAAUGUGACACAAAGCGUCUCCCAAACGGCAGGAGACUUAAUGAAAUACCUCUGUUUGGACAUGACUGGCCAGUGUGUCGUACAUGUAAGAGGGGACAUCCACGGUUCAAACAGGCAUCCGAAUGUCCUCGAUUGGUUGAUUUUUUUCUUUUUGAGCGUUCUGUGGUGUUGACUAAAACAUCUAAUCAAGGGCUCCUGAUGAUGUGACACAGGGUGACGUUAAACUCAGAGAGAAGAGGAAGGAAGAAAGCAAGCACACUGUUGGAUUAUGCAUGCCCACCUAUCCCCCCCCCCCCCACCACAUCCCCCCAUUCUUCCCCCUUGUGUAUAGUCUAUUCCAAUUCCUUAUGGUUGACCUCCUGAUAUUGAAUUACGUGACCACAGUAGCUUUCAGUGGAUCUGACUGACCAGUUGUACAGUAGGAUAUAGGAAUGGUUGUGUUACAAGACUGAAAGACAACUGAUCAUUAUUUCCCUGUCUUGGUGGAAUGAUUUAAGUAUGAGGUUUCUCAGAUUUUGCAACUCUUUGUACAGCUUAAACCUGUGGAAAAAACUGUGUGUGUUUAUGGAACCAAGGCCAGUUUAGAAGGGUUUUUACCCAUCGAGAUGUGUGUGUGAAUAUUGGGAGCAGUCACCAAGUCACUUUUUGUAGUUGUUUGUUUUUCCACUGUUGUAAAUGGUAACCCUUUUUUUUUUUUUUUUUUUUUUUUUUUGAACAUAGACAUAACUUGAGAACUUAAGCUGAUUGUGGUGUGUGCUGUGCAUCUCAAGUCUUUCUUCCUUCGAAAGGAGAGCUCACUGCGGUAAUGGCGGUGUCAACUCAUCUCGUCUGUCUGCGAUUUGUGUCCAUCUCAUUUUUUAUGUAGUAGAACAGUUAAUAUAUACAUUUUAUGAAAAUUAUUUUUCUUUUCAAUUAUGCACCACUGUUCAAAGAUUUUAUAUCCUAACUUUACAAAAUUUACAACCUUUGUAAUAUUCAAUGGUUUCUUUUAAAAAGACAUUUUAUGUAAUGUUAUUUUUAGUAUUCUGUAAUUAAAAUGAUUAAAAUUAGAAUGUUUUGUUUGUGAGUUUUUGACCAGUGUGUUUCGGUCAGCUCUGACACAGAAGGGAAUAACCUCUUGAUUAUAUAAAAAUGGUGUCUUUCAUCUUUUAAUCUGUGUGGUAUUGAUUGUAUAUAUAAAGUUGUAAGCCAGGCAAUAUCUGAUGUGUAUAUAUUAUUUUCCAAAACAAAUGACAAAAAUAAUACAAUUGUAUUUGAAGAUUUCAGCUACAAAAUAUCCAUUUAAAAUGUGACGGGAGUUUUAGAUUCCUUUAGAUUUCCUUUAGAGCUGCGACUGACAGUUACUAUCAAUUCAUCUGCCAAUGUUCUUGUUUCAUCAAUUGAUGAAUUGUUAGUUCUAUAACACGUCAGGAAAUGGUGAA